UGCUGCUAAAAGCCGCGAUGGAACCAGAACUACUAGUCGUCGUAGACAGCAGACAACAGUACAGUAUCGACCAAGCGUUCGCAACAACCGGAAUCCAGCCUCGUCUGGACACUUUUGGGAUCUGGUUCUUUGCGUCGCGAUCAGGAGAGCGUCUUUGCUAAAGCUGAAAGAAGCCAAAAUUUGGAAGAAUCAAUGAGUCUGCGAGAGGUCUCGAGAAGCGUUGGCUGAAAUUUCUCUCUAGUACCAGCUGGCCGAAAUAAAUAUACCCACGUAACGUCACAGCCUCGUCGUUCGGGAAGGAGAAGCCGAAGGGGAAAGAGAGUGAAAUUAGGCCGCGUCAAGCAGCACAAAGGGAGAGCGAUCAUCCCGAAAGACUUAAAGGCUCCAAAAUCGCUGUUUUUUUUUAUAUCGGUGAUAUCGGAGCGAGGUGUCGCUGUUACUAUGUAAAUUAACCAGCAGGUGUAUUUUGGCCGCGCGCGCGCACUGUCGUCAACGAGCAACGGCAUAGCAUAGAGAAACACAACAACGUCGUUAUCGAUAACAGUGACAAAGGGAGGAACGGAGGACCGGAGCAGCAAGAGGGAAACAUUACGCGGCACGCCGCGUUCUAAAGGCAUUUCUCUGACCGAUUCCAAGGAAGCUCGCAAACUGGCUCCAGAGGUGAGGAUCAAGCAAAUUGGAAUGAGGGAGGAUCUGCUAUCCAUAAUACGGCACACGAGCAGCGACCACUUCUCGGAAGAGCUUUAGCCGGGAGCUUUUGCUUGACCAGGAGGUGUAGAAAUACCAGGCCAGACUGGCGCGAUAAAGGGAAAAAGGUAGAGAGACCUAAUCGCGCGAUAGAGUAGAGGUGGCUCUUGCUCGUUGGCCCUUUUUUGAAAAACUGGCCGUGUCGCGGGCUUCCUUUUGUUCCGAGGCUUAACCUUUGAUUAGCCCUUGAUCGAAUACGUCAUUAAUCGACAUCGAGAGACCAAAAGAGGAGAACCCAAUAUUAGGACGACCAGUUGUUCUCCGUCAUAAGAUACGGAUUUCCCGGUUAUGCCCUGGGUCGCCGCAUGUUUUGAUUUGCUGGCGGCCCCUUUACUGGGUUAUUGUCUCGCGAUCAGAAAAUUAGCCCUGCAAUCCGGCAUCCUUCAGGAGAGAAGGAGCGAUCUCGUUGGGAAACAUCAAAUACUAUCUAAUACGGGGUUGGCGAUCUCCAACACCGACGCAGCCACGAUGGUCCCUAACGCAGAAGAGCGGCAAGAUCCUGGCAAGGAAAAGGUCGCAGCACGAAUGCCGGCAGUAGCGAAGUCAUCGCGCAAAUUUGUGGGGGUUGUUAUAGCCAUUUGUGGCUUACCGGCUCGUGGGAAAAGCCAAAUCGGCCAGAGUCUUGCUCGUAGACUUAACUGGAAUGGCGUAACCACAAAAGUGUUUCGCGUGAGUGAUUAUCGAAGGAAACGAUUCGAACCUCAUAUAUCACACGAACUCCUCCUGUCAGAUAAUACGGCAAACAACACGUUAAUAGCCCUUGCACAAAGAGAUGCCAUGCUGGAUUGCGCGGCCUGGCUCGCAUCAGGAAAUACCGUAGCGCUUCUGGAUGCCAUAAUAACUACACGAGCUCAGCGCGCGGAGGUCCACGAUUACUUUUCCGGUCAGCUGGGUUAUCGCGUUCUAUUCAUUGAAUGCGUCUGCGACGAUCCGGAAGUCCUGGAGCAGAAUCAGAAGGAGAUCGUGAGACAUAGCGCCGACUAUGCAGGCGUGGAUGCUGCGGUGGCUGCGGAAGAUCUGCGCUCAAAGAUCGCCUUUUACGCCAGAUCAUACGAACCGAUGGACGACAGGAUCUAUCCCAGGAUCAGAAUUGACACCGCUACUAUGGACAUCGAAACCUGCAAGGUAUCCGGUCACAUUGAGACCACCGUGCUCGGAUACCUCGGGGACAUCAGCCUUAAACCCCAUACGCUCUAUUUCUCAAGGCACGGUGAAAGCGAGUACAAUGUGCUCGGUAAAGUCGGCGGUGACGCGGUGUUAAGCGCCCGGGGUGAGCGUUAUGCUCAAGCUUUGUCAACCAAGUUCAAUGCCAUGCGUAUUCCCGAUCUGCGGGUCCUCACCAGUCGCCUUCGCCGAACAAUCGCGACGGCGCGCGGGAUCGAGGCCCCUCAGGAACACGUGGCGGCUUUGAACGAGCUUCACGCGGGAGUGUGCGAGAGUCUCUCCUACGAGGAAAUGCAAGAACAUUAUCCGCAGGAAUUCGCGUGGCGCGAUCAGGACAAGCUGCGCUACCGUUAUCCCUGGGGCGAGAGUUACAUCGACGCGAUGCAACGCGUCGAGCCGGUGAUGGCCGAGCUGCAGCGCUCGAAUAACGUCCUCGUGGUGUCGCAUCAGGCCGUGCUGCGCUGCAUCAUCGGAUUCUUCCUCGAUAAGAAGCCCGAAGAGCUGCCCUACAUGGAGGUGCCGCUGCACACGAUAAUCCGUAUCACCAGCCAGGGCUACAAUUACAAGCUCGAGUUCUUCAAGCUGCCGAUCGAGUGCGUCAACACGACUCGCGUGAAACCCCAGAAUUGCAACGGCGAUCGAACCGCCGCGGAUGCUCUCAUCACGGUUCCAGAUCACUACGACAUGCCGGAUCCUUGGAGAAAUCCCGGCAACGGACCUACUCUUGUGCAACAGCAUUAAAAAAAAAAAAAGAAAAGAAAAAAUAUAUAUCAAUCCGCCGGUUUGGAAAGCGGCAUAAAUCCAAUUCUUCAGCCACGAUAAGAGUUGAAGAAUUUUAGUGAUGAAUUUCACGAAUUGCAAGCAGUGCGUGAAAAAAAAAAUAUAA